AAACCCAGAUGACUCUAUCGACAGCUUCGCUCCGGCGGCUUCUUGGGCGGGUGGUUUGGUGUCCCCCUCGGGCGGCUUUUCAUCCGACGAUGGUAAUCCCGAAAGACCAGAAAACCUACCCGCUGUACUCCUGGAACUCUAGUUCCCCUUCUCGUACCCCAUUAUACAUCACCGACCAUAACGUCGCGAACAAGUUUCUUUCAGCCUUGCCACACGGUACCAUUGGCUUUGACCUCGAAUGGAAACCCGGUUCCAACCCCGUAGCCCUCGUACAGCUCGCAACGGCUAACUGCGUUCUGCUUCUCCACAUAUACAGGAUGAAAGAAAUUCCACACAAGAUUAGGGACGUGUUAAGUGGUUCACGGUGGACAAAAGUGGGCGUCAACAUACAAUACGACUGUAAAAAAUUGCACGAGGAUUAUGGCCUUGACGUUCGUAAUUGUGUUAAUCUGUCAUUAAUGGCUCGGUCCGUCGACAACGCUAGAUGGAAUGGGUCCUAUAUCCAACCCAUCGGCUUAGCAAAACUUCUGCAAACCUACCAUGGCACAACCCUAUGUAAAGAAGAGCAACUAAGCAACUGGGAACUUCCUCUUUCACCUACCCAGCAACAUUACGCGGCCAAUGACGCACAUUCUGCCUACACUAUCUAUACCCGUCUGCAGACCAUUGCGCAGACCAAAAUUCCACCUCCUCAUCCAAAUUGUUAUUCGUUUAGUUGCGUGGACGGUCAAUUGUACGAUCGCACCAACUGCUUUACUUGGGCGCCAAAAAACCCGAAUUAUGACCCCGAUCCACCCCCUUCUCCAAAGGACCAAGAUCCCGAAAAUGAUCAAAGUCCUUGGGAAGCAGCUAGUCCAGCUCCGACGAUCGCAGACACUACAGCAUCCUUGGCGGGAUUAUUAGCGAGUGCAUUGAAAGGCAUUCUGUCUUUAUUUUUCUUUUCUUUUCUUUUUUUCUUCUUUUUUCUGAUGGAUUAGGUGAAGGCUUGUUAUUCUUCCUUCCUAGUUUUGAAUCCAUGAGUUUUGGUUAUAUUGAUGUGCUCGCGUUGGGGUAGCGUGCUACUCCCUUAGUCUCUAUCAUCUCCGGUGCGUCUGGGCUCUGCAGG